AUGCAACGACUGAAAUAUUUCCAAGAGAUAUCAGGCGACAGCCUGCUCCAAAACCCUACAACUAUUGAAAACAUCUUUGCGCGGACCACCCUCCAUAGCAAGAGGCCAGUCAUCGCAUCGCCGGAACGAGCCGUGGGAAAUCGCUACGCUGUCAAGGUUGCCAUUAUCUGCGCCUUGCCCAUCGAGGCCGAUGCCGUAGAAGCCCUCUUCGACUGCCGUUUGGAUGAUUCGGUGAAAGCCCCAGGAGACCCUAACGCCUAUUCUGUCGGCUUUGUAGGCCGACACAAUGCUGUCUUGGCCCACCUUCCAGGGAUGGGGAACAAUUCUGCGGCUAUUGCGGCCACCCACUUGAGACGAAGUUUCCCAGACAUCCAACUUGCCCUAGUCGUUGGCAUAUGUGGUGGCAUGCCUGGCUCCGAUAUGCUGCUAGGUGAUGUUGUGCUUAGCGAUGGUAUCGUCCAGUACGACUUCGGACGUCAAGUGCUCGGCCAUUUUCGGAGAAAAGACACUGUUGUGGACAUUCUUGGGAGGCCCCAGUUCGAGAUUAGAGCGAUACUGGCGAAGUUGAAAGGUCGUGUGGGGAGGAGGAAGCUUGUUGAAGGUUUGAUCGAGCACUUGAGCACUUUAGGUCGGCACAUGGAUGACGCCGCUUGUUAUCCCGGGGUGGAAGAAGACAAGCCUUUCGAGGCAGCCUACCACCACAAGCACCGGGAGUCAUCGUGUUGCGCUGUUUGCUCUUUGAGAGCAGACUCGGUAUGCGAUGUUGCAUUGAACACCAGCUGCCAGGAACUUGGAUUUGAUGAAGCCAGGCUUGUCUCUCGACCUAGGUUGGAGGAAGCUCGCUCUAGACCAGAGCAGAGCGAUGGGAGUCCCAGAGUGAUCCCCGCCAUCCACUUCGGCUUGGUAGCGUCUGGAAAUAGCGUCAUGAAGUCAGGGGAACUCCGAGACGAGAUAAGCCGGAAGGCUGGCACUAUCGCUUUCGAGAUGGAAGGCGCUGGGGUGUGGGACAUGUUUAUCAUUAAGGGAGACUGCGACUAUGCAGAUAGCCAUAAGAACAAGAGAUGGCAGAAAUACGCGGCGACAGCCGCGGCCGCAUGCAUGAAAGCAUUUUUGGCCGAGUUGAGCACGACAAUCACCGAAUUCUACCACAUCAAUUACAUCAUGUUGGGCUCACACUCGGAGAAGGCCUGCCUAAGCACCAGAUGA